AUGUCUUCAACUACUACUUCUAACAAUAGUAGUAGCGAAAAUAAUAAUCAACUCGAUGAUUCUAAAUUACAAGAGAAAGCAAAGAAAUGGUUACAAAUAAAUUCAAAGAGAUAUAGUGAAAAGAGAAAGUUUGGUUAUGUCGAUCCACCAAAAGAAGAUAUGCCACCAGAACACUUGAGAAAGAUUAUAAAGGAUCAUGGUGACAUGUCGAAUAGAAAGUUUCGUCAUGACAAGCGUGUCUAUCUCGGUGCGUUAAAGUACGUGCCACACGCCAUUCUCAAGUUGUUGGAGAACAUGCCAAUGCCUUGGGAAGAGGUGAGAAAUGUAAAGGUGUUGUAUCACAUUACCGGUGCCAUUACCUUUGUCAAUGAGAUUCCAUUGGUCAUUGAACCGGUGUAUCUCGCUCAAUGGGGUUCAAUGUGGGUCACCAUGAAGAGAGAAAAACGUGACAGAAAGCAUUUCAAGCGUAUCAAAUUCCCACUCUUUGAUGAUGAAGAGCCUCCUCUUGACUAUGCAGACAAUAUUCUAGAUGUUGAAGUUGAAUAUGCAGUACAAAUGGAAUUGGAUCCUGAAGAUGAUAAAGCUGUCUAUGAUUGGUUCUAUGAUAACAAACCUUUAAUUAAUACUAAAUUUGUUAAUGGUCCAAGUUACAAAAAAUGGAGAUUAGAUUUACCAAUCAUGUCAACAUUGUAUAGAUUAGCAUCACCAUUGUUGAGUGAUUUGACGGAUCAAAAUUAUUUCUAUUUGUUUGAUGAUAAGAGUUUUUUGACUGCCAAGGCACUGAAUAUGGCUAUUCCGGGUGGACCAAAGUUUGAGCCACUUUUCCGUGACAUGGGAGACGACGAUGAGGAUUGGAACGAGUUUAACGAUAUUAGCAAGAUUAUCAUCCGUCACAAGAUCAGAACAGAGUACAAGAUUGCAUUCCCGUACCUCUACAACAACCGUCCACGUCAAGUGAGCAUUCCAUACUACCAUCACCCACCCAACUGUUUUACCAAGACGACCAACCCUGAAGCUGUCGGAUUCCAGUACGAUCCAAUCCUCUACCCUAUCCCCUCUUACAAGAUUGACCGUUCCGCAUCAAUCUAUGGUGAUGAAGACGACGACUUUGUGUUGCCAGAAGAUGUCAACCCUAUCCUACUCAAGAGUGCACAAGUCAAUACCGAGAAUACGUUGGAUGGUAUCAACUUGUACUGGGCACCCAAACCAUUCAACCAAAGAUCAGGGUUGACUAGACGUGCCGAAGAUGUUCCACUCGUCAAGGCGUGGUAUCAAGAGAGAUGUCCAUCUCAACAUCCAGUCAAGGUGCGUGUAUCGUACCAAAAGUUACUCAAGUGUUAUGUACUGAACAAGUUGCAUCACCGUCCACCCAAAUCACUCAACAAAAAGUAUUUGUUCAAGGCAUUAAAGGCAACCAAGUUCUUCCAAACCACCGAGAUUGAUUGGGUUGAAGCUGGUCUCCAACUCUGUCGUCAAGGUUACAAUAUGCUUAAUCUACUCAUUCAUCGUAAGAGUUUGACCUAUCUACAUUUGGAUUACAACUUUUAUCUCAAACCAAUCAAGACACUUACGACCAAAGAACGUAAAAAGAGUCGUUUUGGAAAUGCGUUCCAUUUGUGUCGUGAGAUUUUGCGUAUGACCAAGUUGGUGGUAGACACGCAUGUCAAGUACCGUUUGGGUGCCGCCGAGGCAUUCCAGUUGGCCGACGGUCUGCAAUACCUCUUUUCACAUAUCGGUCUGUUGACAGGUAUGUUUAGAUACAAGUACCGUUUGAUGCGUCAGAUUCGUAUGUGCAAGGAUCUCAAGCAUCUCAUCUACUACCGUUUCAACACGGGUGCCGUGUCCAAGGGGCCAGGCUGCGGUUUUUGGGCGCCAACAUGGCGUGUAUGGAUCUUUUUCCUCAGAGGUAUCGUUCCACUAUUGGAACGUUGGUUGGGUAAUUUGUUGGCACGUCAGUUUGAAGGUCGUCAGUACAACACGACGGCCAAGACAGUGACCAAGCAGCGUGUCGAGUCGCACUAUGACAUUGAGCUGCGUGCCGCCGUCAUGCACGACAUUUUGGAUAUGAUGCCCGAAGGUAUCAAAGCCAACAAGUCACGUGUCAUCUUGCAACAUCUCAGUGAAGCAUGGCGUUGUUGGAAGGCCAAUAUCCCAUGGAAGGUGCCUGGCCUGCCCGUCCCUAUCGAGAACAUGAUCUUGCGUUAUGUCAAGAACAAGGCCGAUUGGUGGACCAAUGUAGCACACUAUAACCGUGAACGUAUCAAACGUGGUGCUACCGUUGACAAGACCGUCUGCAAAAAGAAUCUCGGUCGUCUUACCCGUCUCUACCUCAAGGCUGAGCAGGAACGUCAACAUAAUUACUUAAAGGACGGUCCAUACGUGUCUGCCGAAGAGGGUGUUGCCAUCUACACGACCGUCGUGCAUUGGCUCGAGAAGCGUCGUUUCUCGGCCAUCCCAUUCCCCCAAACAUCGUACAAACACGACAUCAAGAUCCUCACAUUGGCACUCGAACGUCUCAAAGAAGCAUACAGCGUCAAGAGUCGUCUCAACCAGUCGCAGCGUGAGGAAUUAGUACUCGUCGAACAAGCGUACGAGAAUCCACACGAGGCAUUGGCACGUAUCAAACGUCACCUUCUCACCCAGCGUACAUUCAAGGAAGUUGGUAUCGAGUUUAUGGACUAUUACACACAUCUUGUGCCAGUCUACAGCAUCGACCCCUUUGAAAAGAUUACCGAUGCCUAUCUCGAUCAAUACCUGUGGUACGAAGGAGAGAAGCGUCAGUUGUUCCCCAACUGGGUCAAACCAUCCGACAAUGAACCACCUCCAGUACUCGUACACAAGUGGUGUCAAGGUAUCAACAACCUCGACGGUAUCUGGGAGACUGCCAACGGCGAGUGUGUCGUUGCCAUGCAAACUACUCUCUCCAAGGUCUAUGAAAAGAUUGAUCUCACACUUCUCAAUCGUCUCUUGCGUCUUAUUGUCGAUCAGAAUCUUGCCGAUUACAUGUCGGGCAAGAACAAUGUAGUCAUUGCAUUCAAGGAUAUGAACCAUACCAACAACUUUGGUUUAAUUCGUGGUUUGCAAUUUGCAUCGUUUAUCGUACAGUUUUACGGUCUUGUUUUGGAUCUCUUGAUUCUUGGUUUAAAUCGUGCCAGCGAAAUUGCCGGUCCUCCACAACUUCCCAACCCCUUCCUCACGUACAAAGAUGUCGAGACCGAGACCAAACACCCUAUCCGUCUUUACCAACGUUAUGUCGACAAGCUCUACGUUGUAUUCAAGUUCUCAUCAGAUGAAACUAGAGAUUUGAUCCAAAAGUACAUGUCAGAGCAUCCAGAUCCCAACAAUGAAAAUGUGGUUGGUUAUAAUAACAAAAAGUGCUGGCCAAGAGAUUGUCGUAUGCGUCUGAUGAAACAUGACGUGAAUCUUGGUCGGGCUGUCUUUUGGAAUAUCAAGAAUAGACUGCCACGUUCACUUACAACGAUCGAGUGGGAGGACAGCUUUGUAUCAGUCUACUCUCGUGAUAAUCCCAACUUACUGUUUAGCAUGAAUGGAUUUGAAGUACGUAUUCUACCAAAGUGUCGAUCACCGAAUGACCAGAUCAUCCCCAAGGACAGUGUAUGGGCAUUGCAAAACAUCAACACUCGUGAGAGAACUGCACAGGCAUUCUUACGUGUUGACAAGGAGUCGAUGGACAGAUACGAGAAUCGUGUUAGAAUGAUUUUGAUGGCGUCGGGUAGCACCACGUUUACCAAGAUUGUCAACAAGUGGAACACGUCGUUGAUCGGUCUCAUGACCUACUACCGUGAAGCGGUUGUUGUCACACGUGAAAUGCUCGAUAUUUUGGUGCGUUGCGAGAACAAGAUUCAGACACGUAUCAAAAUUGGACUCAAUUCCAAGAUGCCAAACCGUUUCCCACCAGUUGUCUUUUACACACCCAAAGAGUUGGGUGGUCUCGGUAUGUUGUCUAUGGGACACGUACUCAUUCCCCAGUCGGAUCUCAGAUACUCCAAGCAGACCGACUCUGGCAUUACCCAUUUCACCUCGGGUAUGUCGCACGACGAAGACCAGUUGAUUCCCAAUCUCUACCGUUACAUCCAACCUUGGGAACAAGAGAUCAAGGACUCUCAACGUGUCUGGGCUGAAUAUGCACUCAAAUACGAAGAGGCCAAGACACAAAACAAGAAUCUUUCGAUUGAAGAUUUGGAAGAUUCAUGGGACCGUGGUAUUCCACGUAUCUCGACACUCUUCCAAAAGAAUCGUCAUACUCUUGCCUAUGACAAGGGAUGGCGUGUUAGAACCGAUUGGAAGCAGUUCCAGGUUCUCAAGAGCAACCCGUUCUGGUGGACCAACCAACGUCACGAUGGUAAACUUUGGAACCUCAACAACUACCGUACCGAUAUCAUCCAAGCACUUGGUGGUGUAGAGGGUAUCCUCGAACACACCCUCUUCAAGGGCACUUACUUCCCCACUUGGGAAGGUCUCUUUUGGGAAAAGGCAUCGGGUUUUGAAGAGUCGAUGAAGUUUAAAAAAUUGACACAUGCUCAGCGUUCUGGUUUGAAUCAAAUUCCCAAUCGUCGUUUUACACUUUGGUGGUCACCAACCAUCAACAGAAAGAACGUCUAUGUUGGUUUCCAGGUGCAAUUGGAUUUGACAGGUAUUUUUAUGCAUGGUAAGAUCCCCACUCUCAAGAUUUCGCUCAUCCAAAUCUUCCGUGCUCAUUUGUGGCAAAAGAUUCACGAGUCUGUUGUUAUGGAUCUUUGUCAGGUGUUUGAUCAAGAGUUGGACAACUUGGAGAUUGCAGUCGUCAACAAGGAAGCAAUCCAUCCAAGAAAGUCGUACAAGAUGAACAGCUCGUGCGCAGAUAUUUUGUUGCGUGCUGCUCACAAGUGGCAAGUGUCACGUCCAUCCGUUCUACAAGACACACGUGAUACGUAUGAUGGCAGCACCACACAGUACUGGUUGGACGUACAGCUCAAAUGGGGUGACUUUGACAGUCACGACAUUGAACGUUACAGUCGUGCCAAGUUCCUCGACUAUACCACCGACAGUAUGUCAUACUACCCAUCACCAACUGGUUGUCUAGUUGGUAUUGACUUGGCAUACAAUAUUUACAGUUCCUUUGGUAACUGGUUCCCAGGUGUCAAGCCACUCGUUCAAAAGGCAAUGGACAAGAUCAUGAAGUCCAAUCCAGCACUCUAUGUGUUGCGUGAGCGUAUCCGUAAGGGUUUGCAACUCUACUCGUCUGAACCAACCGAACCAUACCUCUCUUCACAAAACUAUGGAGAGUUGUUUAGUAACAAGAUUAUCUGGUUUGUCGACGAUACCAAUGUCUACCGUGUCACUAUUCACAAGACAUUCGAAGGUAAUUUGACAACCAAACCAAUCAAUGGUGCCAUCUUUAUCUUUAACCCUAGAACCGGUCAGUUGUUCCUCAAGAUCAUUCACACUGACGUAUGGCUCGGUCAAAAGCGUCUCGGCCAACUUGCCAAAUGGAAGACAGCCGAAGAAGUUGCCGCUCUCAUUCGUUCGUUGCCUGUUGAAGAACAGCCCAAGCAAAUCGUCGUUACAAGAAAGGGUAUGCUCGAUCCACUCGAAGUGCAUCUUUUGGAUUUCCCCAACAUUGUCAUCCAAGGCAGUGAGUUGCAACUCCCCUUCCAAGCCUGUCUCAAGAUUGAAAAGUUUGGUGAUCUUAUCCUCAAGGCGACCGAGCCCAAGAUGGUGUUGUUCAACAUCUACGACGAUUGGCUCAACUCGAUCCCAUCGUACACGGCCUUCUCACGUCUCAUCCUCAUCCUGCGUGCAUUGCACGUCAACAAUGAGCGUGCCAAGAUCAUCCUCAAGCCCGACAAGAACACCAUCACCCAACCACACCACAUCUGGCCAACUCUUACCGAUCAAGAGUGGAUCAAGGUCGAAGUGGCGCUAAAGGACCUCAUCUUGGCCGAUUUUGGUAAAAAGAAUAAUGUCAAUGUCGCAUCGUUGACACAGAGUGAGAUCAGAGAUAUCAUCCUCGGUAUGGAGAUUGCCGCCCCAUCCCAACAAAGAGAAGACCAAAUUGCCGAGAUUGAAAAGCAAAAGAAAGAGUCGUCACAAAUGACCCAAAUGACUGUGCGUACCACCAACGUGCACGGUGAGGAGAUGAUCUCGACCACCACCUCGCCACACGAGCAAAAGGUGUUCUCUUCCAAGACUGACUGGCGUGUACGUGCCAUUUCAGCCACCAACUUGCAUCUCCGUACCAACCAGAUCUACGUCAACUGUGAUACUGCCAAGGAAUCAUCCAUCACCUAUGUCAUUCCCAAAAACAUCCUCAAAAAGUUUAUUACAAUUGGUGAUCUUCGUACUCAAAUCAUGGGCUACAUGUAUGGUGUGUCGCCACCCGACAAUCCUCAAGUCAAGGAGAUUAGAUGUAUUGUCAUGGUGCCACAAUGGGGUACACCCGUCUUUGUCAAUGUUCCCAACCAACUCCCUGAACACGACCAUCUCAAGGACCUCGAACCACUCGGUUGGAUCCAUACCCAACCCACUGAACUCCCACAACUGUCACCUCAAGACGCCAUCAUGCACGGCAAGCUACUCGCCGACAACAAAUCGUGGGAUGCCGAAAAGACUAUUAUCGCCGCCGUCUCUGUCUCGUGGCCAUGUACUCUUACGCCCUACCGUCUCACUCCAUCUGGUUACGAAUGGGCUCGUGCCAACAAGGACUCUCAAAACUUUUCAGGAUUCCAACCUUCUCACUAUGAAAAGGUUCAAACUCUACUCUCUGAUAGAUUCCUCGGUUUCUACAUGGUGCCCGAUCGUGGUAGUUGGAAUUAUAACUUUAUGGGUGUCAAACAUUCUGCCAAUAUGACAUACGGUCUCAAAUUGGAUUAUCCAAAGAACUUUUACGAUGAACUACAUAGACCUUCACAUUUCCAAAAUUGGACUCAAUUUGAUCAAAAAUCAUCAACCAAUCAAGAUAGUGAAGAAGUAACUAAUAAUGCUGAUAAUGAAAAUUUAUUCGAUUAA